AUGGAUCCUACGCUGAAGUCGCCGCGACCGAUGGACGUCCAGCUGGACUUGGACCAUCCAAGCGUGACGGCGUUUAUGGAUCCAGUCCUUGGACUUCGCAACUUUCGACCGCAACUUGAGAUGGCCUUUUUUGGUGUCCUUUCUAUUGCAUAUAACGCCCUUGAGUGUAUGCGGGUGGACGAUCCUGAAUACUUUUCUGGACUGUUCCAGCUCAUGCUGGGGACAGGAGACAGCGAAUGGUGCAGGAAUAGGUUCAUAGAAAUCAUGAAGAAGCUCCAGUUCCUCUGGCCGCCGCUCCUCGAUCGCGCGAAGGACUUCUUCCCCGUCCAACCGAAUAAUUCAUCAGCUGGUCUGCCACGAUGUCAUAUCAAAAUCCGAAUUGGCAACGAUCAUGUCCAAAGGAAGCUCUUUCGUAUCAGGGAGCUAGGUGGUGCAGCACGGUACUGCUGGUACGACAUACACAACGAACCCCCAGCAGACGAGAACGAAUACAUCUCUGCCGCCGAUGGGUUACUGCUCCGUCCACCCUUACCGCCUGAGCAAGUACCCUGGGGAUGGCUUGCCAAAGACAGGGACACGAUUUACCUCUUCCCUGCCCUCUUCGGCUCUGGCUCGUAUGCGUCUCUAGAUCUGCAGAUCAGACAGGGUGACCCUCUGUGGAAGUUCAGGGGCACGGUCUUGGAGGUCCUCAUGCACGAGCUCUGUCACAGCCCACUUCUAUGCAGCAAACCAGACUGCGACGAGGCGCACCACGAUCUGCCAAGUCACGGCCUCCUGAAGGACGAGACAUAUACCACCCAAGAUGGCAGGCUAGUCACGAUGUAUGGAAAGGAGGCAAUCGAAGGCGCAAAGCUCGGUGUGUCCGGGUGCAUCCACAAUCCCGACACUUUGUCUAUGCUUGCGCGGGCGCUGGAUUCUCUGCAAACUCAGGGGGUCGACUUCAGCUCUGGCAAGGCAAUCCUGCCCGUCCCGCCCCUGCCAGUGAAAGUCUGCACCACUCAGGUCCGCACGAUUGUAGAGAGUAUUUUGGUAAAGUUUGGGCUCGGCCAAGCAGGAAGCGACGUGGAUUGGAGAGUAGUCUACGACAGCGCUAAGGCCUACCAAAGCGCAGAGAUGCGAUUCUUCUCAGCAGGGCUUGAGGCAUAUCAAAGCGAGCAGAUUCGCCUCAUUGAGGAAGAAACUCGCGGGCUGACUGCAUAG